AUGGAAGCCAAAGAGGAGAAAGCUUCAUCAACUAACAAUGGAGAUGCUAUAAACUAUAGAGGAGUUAAAGCUAUGCCAUUUAUCAUAGGAAAUGAGACAUUUGAGAAGCUAGGGACUAUUGGGACUUUAUCAAAUUUAUUGGUCUAUCUUACUCAUGUUUUUAACAUGAAGAACUUAACUGCUACUUUGCUUAUCAAUAUCUUCAAUGGCACAUCCAAUGUAGCACCAUUAGUUGGAGCUUUUCUUUCUGAUUCCUACUUCGGACGCUACAAAAUUCUGGCUUUUUCUUCUAUUUGUUCUUUUCUGGGGAUGACAACAAUAACUUUGACAGCAGCAAUACCCAAACUACACCCACCAAAUUGUGUGGCAAAGGACUAUACAUGUGCUGGACCUACAACUUGGCAAUUAGUGUUUCUUCUAAGUGGAUUUGGAUUUAUAGUUCUUGGGGCUGGAGGUAUUAGACCCUGUAACCUAGCAUUUGGGGCUGACCAAUUCAAUCCGGCCACAGAAUCUGGCAAGCAAGGCGUACAAAGCUUCUUUAAUUGGUACUAUUUCACUUUCACAUUUGCUGUGAUGAUCUCUGCAAGUUUUAUUGUCUAUGUUCAAGUAUGUAAGAGUUGGUCUAUUGGACUCGCUAUUCCUGCUUCGUUAAUGCUGUUAGCUUGUCUACUUUUUUUCUUGGGCUCAAAACUUUAUGUCAAGGUUACUCCUGAAGGGAGUCCCAUGACUAGUGUGGUUCAAGUAGUUGCUGCUGCUAUUAGAAAGAGAAGGUUAAAGCUUCCUCAUAAUCCUGAUAUGUGCCUUUUCAAUUAUAUUUCAAGCAAUUCUCUCAAUUCUAGGCUUCUCCACACAGAUCAGUUCGGUUGGCUUGACAAGGCUGCAAUAAUAAGUCCAGAAGACGAAAUCGAUUCCAAUGGAUCAUCUACCAAUCCAUGGAAACUUUGUAGCAUCCAACAAGUAGAAGAAGCAAAAUGUGUAGUAAGAGUAAUUCCAAUAUGGUUAUCAGGAAUAAUUUAUUUUCUUGCAAUUAUUCAACAACAUACAUUUGUUGUUCUACAAGCACUUCAAUCUGAUAGAAGACUUGGCAAUAAGGGCUUUCAGAUUCCUGCAGCUUCAUUUGUGAUCUUUACAAUGCUAGGUCUUACAAUUUGGAUUCCUGUUUACGAUAGAAUCUUAGUUCCCUUUCUUCGAAAACUUACUAAAAAUGAAGUCGGAAUUACACUUCUUCAAAGAAUGGGAAUUGGACUUGUUCUUUCAAUUCUUUGCAUGCUUACUUCAGCUUUAGUUGAACAGCGAAGAAAGUACUUGGCAUUUACAAAAAUCCCAUUAGGCGUUACGCAUAAAGGAUUAUUAAUAUCAGCUAUGUCUGCGUUCUGGUUCGUACCUCAAUUGACACUUGCAGGAUUAACUGAGGCAUUUAGUUCAAUUGGACAAACUGAAUUCUAUUACAACCAAUUCCCAGAAAAUAUGAGGAGCAUAGCAAUGUCUCUCUUCUUUCUUUGUAUCGCCUUUUCGAGUUAUCUAAGUGGGUUUCUUAUCUCAUUAGUUCAUCAUAUUACAAAAAGGACUAAAGGUGGAGAUUGGCUGCAUGAGGAUCUUAAUAAAGGGAAAUUGGAUCACUUCUAUUAUAUAAUUGCCGGUUUAGGAGUUGUUAACCUUUGCUACUUCCUUGUGAUUUCUAAGUGGUAUAGGUAUAAAGGGAGCAAUGAAAGUACAAGUGAGAAAUAUGAUGAGAAUUGAUGCAAAGGAACUUGAAAAGCACUUUGUUUGAAGAAAGGGCAAUGAGGGACUAUAGUGGUAUUAAUAAAAUAUAGCAUGUACCAAUAAGGAAGCAUAUGUCAAAGAAUAUAUAUACAUAUGUAUGUAUAGUGAUGGCUAGUCUCUUAACAUAUAAGCAAGAAUAUGAUUAUUGUAUG